UAGUUUAGCUUUAUUUGUCUUUAAAUUAAAAAGCCAAUAGCUAGAAGUUUCAAUACAGAGAACCACAGGACCACAUCCACGUGGUCUCGACCGACCACACUUCAGAACCCGAAAAGCCCUGAAAAUAUUUAAAUCAAUUAAUAAGCUAAAAACGUAUACCUAUUCGAAGCAAAGGUAGUCUACUUCUUUAUAUAUAUAUAUACACACACACACUCAUAGAGAUGCAUCAAGAUUCCACUUACACAUUCUAAAAAACUCUAGACUUUUAUCAAAACCAGAGAAAAUCAAGAAGAACAUAUGGCGAGAUCACCAUACUACGGUUCUUCAUACUUAGACUACCUCUCUCUCCCAAACCCACAUCUAUGUUUCUUCUUCAUGGUCGUCUUCUUCGUGUUCUCCUUCACGUGGUACUUGAACUACGAGUCCAUCCUCGAAGACACCAUGAAUAAUCUCAAGUUCUUCAUCAUCCUCUCCCCUCUCUUCCUCCUCCUCCUCGUCCACUUCUUCUCCGGGGGACUUUCCUUGUACGUCCCCUUGCCUGAACAAGACUCCAUCCACCAUGCCGGUUCUUCCCCUUGGGGCGUAGCAGCCGUGCUCGUGGUCAUCUUGUUCAUGGUCUCGUACCAGUCAGACAUCCAUGAGAUGUGGUUCCCCUUUGGGGCUAAGUAGAUCGAUCAACUUGAUUUUUCCUUAAAACGUAUUACCAGCUCUGUCUAGCUAGAUAUGGAGCAACCAUGUUAAAUAUCAAGUAGUAUAUAUGUACUUUUCUCGUUUGAUGAAGAUUUUAGUCCUGCAUGUUUGUAGGAGUGAAACUUUUGUCCGAAGAUAUCUAAAGUCAUAUCAGAGUGUCCAUAUAUGUUGAUGAAGUCGUUUCUGCUUGUAUUCGUAAAUAUCAUAUGGAAAAAUGAGAUGAAGAUGACUUGUUUUGAUGCAAUAGAAAGUUUAAUAGAUGGCUUGUUUUGAUGCAA